AAUUUUUUUUAGUCAAAGCGAUGCAGCUUAAACAAGCAAAACUAAAAACGUCAACUAACCGGUACUCUUCGUGUAUAAAUAAUAAUAACAAAUAUAUUAAUUUGCAAAUAAAUUAUGUAAAAUAAACACUUUACGAUUAUGUCUGGUGUAGCAGAAUUUAAGCAUUUUUUCCCUAUUGACAGUAUACAGAGGGUUUGUGAUUUAUUUCAUGAGCAACUACGCAGUGAAAAAGAGCCUGACUUGGCUUUGUUUUCUAUAAUUGUCGGAGCUGUUGAAAAUAAUUUGACAAAUGUGAAAAACAAUGAUAAAGAAAUGAAUUUGUCAACAAACAAAUUUGUGAAAAUGAAAUUUCCAUGCGUUGAAUGGGAGGAGGUCAAAUCGCUUCAUGAUAGGUUCGUUUCUUUGAUGAAAGCAGGAGUUGACGCCAAGUUGUUAAAUGGUGAGCACGCAACCCGCGACCUCGUAAAAAGAGUUGCAGACGUAGUCUGGAAUUCAUUAACCCGAAGUUAUUAUAAAGAUAGAGCACAUUUACAAUCUAUCUAUAGUUUCUUGACUGGCAAUAAGUUGGAUUGUUUUGGUGUUGCUUUUGCUGUGACAGCAGGCUGUCAAGUUUUGGGGAAACGUGAUGUACAUCUAGCUUUGUCUGAAGAUCAUGCAUGGGUAGUUUUUGGUAAAGAUGGAUCAGAUACAGCAGAGGUAACAUGGCAUGGUAAAGGUAAUGAAGACAAGAGAGGACGGUCAGUAGGUGAUGGUGUUUCAGCUCGCUCAUGGUUAUAUGUAGCUGGUAAACCUGUAGUGUGUACCCGUAUUAUGGAACUGGCAGCAUUGGUUUCUUCAAUUAAUCCUACAUUAACACCAACCAUUGAUGUUCAUGAGGUGGCUCAAAUGCAGCAUAAACUACUAUGGUUGUUAUAUGAUAAAGGACAGCUAGAUGCAUAUCCAAUGGCUCUUGGUAACCUUGGUGAUUUAGAUGAGUAUAUGAAAAUAUCCAAUUGCACAGAAAAUACAGAGGAUUCCUCUGUAUCAGAUGUAAGCCGCACAAAUUCUAAUAAUGGAACACCAAGACCAGAUUCAGCUGCUUUAUAUGCUCAGGCUAUAAGAUCAUCCCGUGUACAUUAUGAAGACAGACAUGUAUAUCCAUAUACAUUUCAAGGUGGUUAUUACCAUCGUCACAAAAUGUACAAAGAAGCAUUUCAUGCUUGGGCCUGUGCUGGUGAUGUUAUAAGACAUUACAACUAUUCUCGGGAUGAUGAAGAGAUAUAUAAAGAAUUCUCAGAAAUAGCCAAUGAAUUGAUACCCCAACUUAUGAAAGCCGAAAGCUCUGGACACUCUGCAAGAUCUAUUUUAAAAGACCCCGAAUGUUUUGCUUCGUUACUUAGAUUUUAUGAUGGCAUUUGCAAAUGGGAGGAAGGCAGUCAGACCCCAAUUCUCCAUAUUGGAUGGGCAAAGCCUCUUGUUAGCACCAUAUCUAAAUUUGAUGCUGAAGUCCGAGCACAGGUACACAUUAUAUGUAGUCCUAACAAUGAUGAACACAAUGAUAAAUUUAAAGACUCUUCUAUCAAGGAAGAAAAAGAAGAAAGAGAGAAUGAAAAAGACAAAUGGAAUAAUAAUUCUGAAAAUAUUGAGAUGAGUGUGCGUGAGCAGUUGACUGCAGCAGUAAAUAGUAGACCUCGAGUUACCCUUUAUAGCCAUAAAAUGGCAGCUCUAAAACCAUUGCUGUUAGCCGAAAGGUUAAAUACCCAUGCGUUACAGCUUCAGUUAACGGCUCAGAGUCAACUACAACGUCCACAAGCUCCAAUGAAGAGGCGAGACGAUGAUGAGCCCAGUCCGUGCACGCCAACUCCCCGUGCUAAACGAGCACGUCGAGAACGUUGAUGUAUGUCUGUAAGAAUAAUAUCUAGUUUAGAUACACUAGCGUAUACGCUUUCUAUCCGACUGGAAUCAAAUUGGCCAUUUGCCACCAUCACAUUAAUUAACAAAAUUGAACUUGUGAACUACUGUAUAUAUAUUAGACUAUUAAUAUUAUUAAGACUAUUGAUUAAUAUAUUUAUAUAUAUUUGCCCUUUAGUUGCAUUUAUUGUAGUAGUUGCUCUGCAUAAACAAUGUAUGUUUGGGCUGUGCCACCGCAUUUUAUUCUUUAUACAGGUAUUUCAUAGUACAGGUUAUCAUAGGUUUGACCAGUCAGGUGAGAUAAUUUUUUGUCACUUAUUUUAAUAUUUGUAAAAUAUAGGUAGACUAGUCUUUAUCCUUAUUAUAUUUUAAAUUAAGUCUAACUCUUAAAUAAUUAUAGUUGUUAUCAAAAGGUAGAAAAGAUCGCUUUCAGCUAUAAGACUGCUUUUUAUUUUCUCAGUUCAAUUGUGUAAUUGUCUAUAAUAAUUUUACUACUGUAAUCUGUUGGAGGAAACAAUAAAGAGUAUCUAUGAAUAAAGAGUAUGAAGCUAAUAAUCAAUUAUAAAUAUUUAAGAGUUUAAUAUGUGAUUGUCACUAUUACAUAACACCAUGCAAUGGAUAUUUAGAUGCCAUUAUAGUGAUUAGAAAUAAUAACAAAAGUUAUUUAUGAUUUGUUAAUAAAAUAAUAUACCUAAAGAAAGAAGGAAAGUAGUUCCUUGGCCAAAAGUUUGUUGUAUUUAUGUGUAUGACAGUGUCAUUCAACUUAUUUAACUUUAAAAUUUGUAAUAUGUAUAUUUGGUUUUCAUUUGUAUGUAUUUUGGUGGUGACUGUUGUCCAUGGAGUAGAUACAAAGAUUUUCCUCUUUGCUAUCUAGCUUAAUAUAUUUUUACACGUGAUUGUAGUGAUAAAAUUAAGCGCAAACAACAAAGAGAAAACAUAAAGAUAGAAAUAAUUAUUUGAAUAAGUAAGUAUAUAUUACUUAUUUAACUUGUUAAAUGAUACAUAACGUUAUCAAACCUCAUAACAUGAAUCAGAUAUAUAUAUAUAUAUAUAUAUAUAUAUAUGUCUGUGUAUAUAUAGAAGUUUUUACACCUGCCUUAACAGUAGUAACCGAUCAUAAGCGUUAGAAUAAAGAUCAUCGUACUGCACGUCUAGAGUCAUACGACAAUGUAUAUCCUCUGAACGUCACUAUGAAUAAGUAUUAAUUAAUUACAUUUAAAUAUAUUACGUGUUAGUUGUGUAUUUUGUAUACAGUAAACAGUUUGUACAUAACAAAUUCAGAUGACAAUAUUUUCUUGUUUCAUACUUUUCAAGGCAUAAUUUUGAGGUAGUCAUGUUUUAAAUUUAUUUUUUAUUUAAAUUAUUUUAGAGUAAUAAUGGAGGUAAUGGAGUGGUAACCUUGCCAGCAUUAACGGUAUACACUGGCGGGGCACCAGUGAAGGAUAAUAAGUGAGAUUGAAAAAGCAGGCCAGUUAGCCCUGAAUUCCAGAUGAAUUCAUCCAAUGAUUUCCAGGGAGGCCCACGUGAAGGUCGACCUAGUUGGACAUGUUGCUAUCAAUGGGACUGGUAGUCCGCAUUAUUAACAAUAUCUCCUCUUCUGUGGUGCUUUUUUGUUUAGAAAUUAUCGAUAGAUGUCGCAAUACGUUUGAAACAAUUUUGAACAAAUAAUAUAAAUACUUAUAGAUGAAAAUUAUACAUUGUUAUUCUUUCAUGCAGUACUUCUUUAUUUUCGUUACAAUAUUGUCAAAAUAAUAAAUUUUUGGUUUAAACGUGUAGUCUAAAUAUAUUGGAGCUUUAAAGCCAGAUUCACACUGUAGUGCCAGUCGCGGUCGGCCCUCGGUCCGAAAUUAGUCUGGUAAAAUAUUAACGUAGGAAACAGGAGCUGAUUCUGAGCCACCAUUUCUUUAAACCUAUCCAUUCAAUUAACAUUUUUAUUUGAUAAUAAUAAUAACUUUAUUGCAUAACCAUUAUUGGAACAAACUCAGCACUGGAAAUUUAAGUAAAAGUUGGUACGAAUUCAUUUGUACAUUUAGAUCAGCUUAAACAUCUGUGUUUGAAUUAGGUUAUAAAACCUGUAUACAUAUAUAUAUAUAUAUAUAUAUAUAUAUUAUAAUUAAAAUUAAAAUUUAAGAUAAAUUAAAAUUUUGCUGUAAUGGUCAGGUACAUGCGGGCAGCGGCCGGCAAAAAUUGUAUGAAAAUCCAUAUCUGUCGUGUUUUGCGGCCAGAUAAAUUAUUAUGUAAACUCAUCUGUCCUGUAAUUUAAAAAUGAAAUGACCUUUUAAUUCGAAACAUGGCUACCAAGGAGGUAACUAAUAAAAGGUAUCAUUUAAAUUUCGAACUGGCUUGCAAAUAGAAAGCUGUUUAUUGAAAAGAAAACAAAGAAACAUUUUGAUGUGUGAAAAAUUAUUAUUGUUCGUUAUUCGUCAUUGAACUUAAAAAGUAAAAUUGUGUUUUUGAUUUCCGCGCAUUGUUUGAGAAAAGUACUAUACAAGCCGUGGCCACAACUAGGCAUUGAUGGACUCACGUAUGUUUGCACGUUUGCACGUUCGUCCAUCAAUGCCUCAGUUGCUGCCCACUGCAGUAAUGUACUUUUAUAUAAAUAAACCAUCAUCCACUAAAUUAUUUGAUAUAUGAAUAUAUAAUAUAUAUAAUACUAAAUAAUAUCAUUAUUUGCAUAUGUUUUUUUUAACACGAGUAAUUAUAGUUUGAAUAAUAUUAGAAUACUUAUUGCGCCAAAUAGUUGUCGCCUCAUUUUUUUUCACUACCCAAAGGUCGUCUGGAAAAGAUUGCUUUAGUGAUAAGACCGCUUAUUGUAUUUUUUUUUUAUUGUUUUUUUCUUUAAAUGGUGCAAUAAACCCAUAAACUGUAAAAAAAUGACUUAAAUUUAUUAGAAAUUUAUUUUACAUUAGUCCUUAGAUUUGGUUGUGAUAUCAAAUUGAGUUUUUAAUUUUAGAUAUAGGUUUAGAGGAAUGGCGCUUCAGAAUCGGCUUUUUCCUGUGUAUUCAUACUAUCUGUUAGUACUCUUCCGUUCCAGUCACGAUUAAUUUCGAACUAUUUCUUCUUAAUCAGAAUGAACAUGUGGACGUGGCCAAACAUUCGUCACUAGUCCUUGCAAUCACAUUGCUUAGUCGUCUAUGCGAUCUUAUCUUUAUAUUUACUCCAUGCUUAUUUCUAUUUGAUGAUGCAAAUACAUAUUUAGUUAUGAGGUUUUACAGAAAAUGAUGGUAGUGAUCUUACAUUUAUGUAAAUCUAUGUGAUUUUUAAUGUAAUAGAAUAGGAAAACUUAGAUCAGUUUGAAGUGUUACUAAUUGAUUAGUUAAAGUACCUAGAAUGUGCUAAUUAACGGCGGCAUACUGUAGAAAUUGCAGCAAUCCUGAAAAUUGGCAUAGUUAUUUAUCGAGUUAAAUUAAUUUUGUAAAGAAAGUUUACUUCCCAACGAGAGUUCAAAAAGCAAAGAAUAGAUCAAAGAAUAUAUUUGACGAAUUAUUCUAAAAUUAUGCAACGAAUAAAAAAAAUAAAAUAAAGGGACCUUGUAGCUGAAAUAAUUUUGCACAUUUUUAUGUCUUUUUCAACAUCCUAACUCAAAAUGUAACCAAGUUAUAAAUGUGAAAACAACUAUGCUUUCAACAUAACCUUAUAUUUUUCUUGUUACAUUUUGACAUAGCCUUUGAAAUGUUUAUCACUACAUAGUAUAAAACAAAGUCGCUGUCGCUGUCUGCCCGUCCCUAUGUAUGCUUAAACCUUCAAAACUACGCAACGAAUUUUGAAACGGUUUUUUAAAUAGAUAGAGUGAUUCAAGAGAAAGAUUUAUAUGUAUAAUACAUGCAUAAUAUAGUAGAGGAACACUGAUAAUUUUAGAGGUUUCUAAUGUGAUGUUGUAAUGUAAUGGGGGGCCGGCGACGCUAUUAUAUGUAGUAUCAGCAUUGCACCCGUGCGAAGCCGGGGCGGGUCGCUAGUAACUUCAUACAUUGAUAUGAUACAAAUUUGCUAAUAGUCUCAAUUCGAAAAACCGAUAAACAUAGGUUCUUAACCAAAACUUUAUUUCAGACUAGUUUUUACACGCGACAUCGUCCGCGUAUAAUAUUCUUCUCUUCCAUAUAAUACGUAUACCAAAUUUCAUAGUGAUUAGUUAAUCGGUUAAGCUACUAUAAGGUAACAAACAAACAGACUCACUUUCGUAUUUAUAGGAAAGGAUUAUACGUGCUCUGGGCUGAGACAGGAAGUGCUCAAAUCAGUCCUUAAAAACCUCAAUAAAACAACUUGACAUGGCUAUAACUUUUAAAUUAUAAUACUAAUUUGAAAAAGCUAUCUCAUUUUAAAGUAAUAACUAUCUUCUUUGAUACGUACUAAAUAUUAAAACCGAAUUUCGUUAAAUAAAAAAAAAUUAUUUAACUUUUUAUUGCAUCAAAAACAUAAAUAUAUACAAUGACAUAUAAACAAUUCAACUGGAAUACAGUAGCAUGAAGUACAGAUUAAUUAUUAGGGACAUAUUUGUGCAAAAUCGGACUGCAAUAUUCAUUAUCUUUAUAUAAUUUGUAUCAAAACAUAAACUUAUUGAAAGCUCAAUAUGUUUAAUAUAAAUUCUAAUUCCUCAGAAACUGAGACCGAAGCGCUUUGCGUCUUUCUUCUUCAUUCGGCUAAGGAGUGGAAGUCACUCCCUGCUUAUGUUUUCUCAUCUAAAUAUAAAAUAUAGUGGUGCAAUUUAAGGCAAAUGUAAAUAGACUAUUCGUGGGCCCACAAGCCCCAUCUUAGAGCACAUCAGCACAUUACAUCAGGUGAAAUUGUGAUCAAUUGCAAUAAUAAAAAAAAAUACAAUGUUGCCAAAAAUUUCUAUCAACACGCUUUAUUUGAAAUAACGCCACACACACAUUGCUAAAAAUACGAAUAUUUGCUUGAUUUAAGUACCCAUAAAGUAACAGAACCUGACCUAAUUAUUAUAAAACAUGGUAUUGAUUUAUAAAGUCCAUUUAGUGGGCCAAAAAAUAAAGUUGUUUUAAGUAUUGAUUUUAUAAAAUGAAAAAAAGAAGAUAAAUAGAAUUUUGUCAUUUAUAUUUUUUUUUUUUAGGUAUACCGUAUUAUUUUUUACUUUUCAAAUAACAUCGUUACAAAUUUUAAACUUUUCUUAGUAGUGUUUGAUUUUCAAUCGACUUAAAAAAAGGAGGAUUUUUUUAAUUGGGUGGUAUUUUUUUGUUUGUUAUUUUUAUUUCUAUUUUUUAAUGUUUUUUACUGAUCAGGUUAUUUUUAAUAACAAAUUACAUAAAUUUUCUAAAUAUUGUUUAAAUUUUUUUAUUUUUAAAAUGAACCUACAGUCCACUUUGCGUUUCGGGAAACGUAAGUGAAGUGAGUAUUUCAUACUUAAAUAACUUAUAUUACUUUUAUUUGAAAUGAUAAACUUUUCAGUCGGUUUUUUUAGACUACAAUCUUAGAUUAUUUUAAAUUAGUUAAAAAAUUAUAAGUUUAUAGUAGUUUUAAAAUAACGGGUGUAUUAUGUAAAGUGCAGACUUUACAGCGUAAAAAAAUGUUCCAUCUUUAAAUUAUCAUAUCUUGAUUUAUUUUUCACAUAGGAUGUUAAAAAUACCAAAACGUGCAGAAUUACUUCAGCCACAAUGUGGUUGAUUCUGAGGGGCCGUUACUCUAAACCUCUUGACCUAUUAUUUUAAGUUGCUAGUUUAGUAAAAUUAUUGUUUUAUGGACUAUCAGAAACUAAUUUUAUGAUAAUUUUGAUUUAAAUUUAUUAGAAAUAAAGAUUCCGAAAAAUAAGUGUGUAACAAGGGCCCUCACUAGACACUGCAAACUUAACAAGCAUAUGGCCUAACUAGGUAUAUACUCAAAAAGUGUUUGCAAAUUUUGUUAUAAUGAGGAAGAAUCGCCACAGCAUUAAAUUUGUGGAUAUAGCCCACACAUAAACAAUAUAUUUCCUUUGGAAAACACUCUAUAUCCUGAGAUUUAUACACUUUUAAACAACUACGGCAAUUUUCGAGCUUGCAGCAAUUUUUUCUACUAUCGACUUACUUUUUCUGUACUAAGUAUGCUUACAAAUGGAAAAAUAAUUUUAGACCUAAUAUUAACACAAGGCGGAUAAAAUUGUACAUAUUAUUUUAAUGAAGAACAAACAUUUAGAUGUGAUAUUCAGUAUAUUAACACUAUAAUAAUAUUCACUUUUUAUUUAUAUGAUUAACAAUAAUAGCAUGAUAUGACAUCCAUGCACAAGUUCCAAGGAUUAGCAUAUAUAAGCGAACUGGCCUUCAUCACACUAGAUGUAGAGAUGAAUAGAAAGAUAGGAUAAAGUGGUACCCGUAUCGAUACUUUUAUUCGAUACAGUGUCGUCAUAGAGUAUUGAUAGAUAUGUAUGUAGAGUUUAGGAUAAAAAUAACAACAAUUAUUAAUAUUGGGGUUGUAUCUGGAGCGCUAUUUCUCUAAUCCUCCUCUAAUAUUUUAAUUUGUGGGUACAGAAAUAUAAUAUUUUUUAAAAUCUAUUAGUUUAUUUCAUACUGAUUCUUAGAAUUAAGAUGAAGCUAUUAUUUCAAAUUAAAAUUUUCAUUUUAGAGAUAGGUUUAGAGAAAUGGUGUCUCAUUGUUAAUUGACAUUUAUAUCAAUUAUCAUGUAUUAUCUAAGUCAAAAAAAGGGGGUUAUCGUUCAUAACUUAGGCUAGCAUUACGAUAACAGAUUAUUUUCUGAUAGAUCAUGAGCCGUGACUCCAUUGGUACUGGCUGUUUAAUAUUCGAUCAACAAAAAAAUAUUUCUUAUUCAAUGUAGAUGGCUCUCAUGGCCGAAUUAUUUAUCUAAGUUGGCAUUGUCACACCGAUAUGAGUACAUUUGACUAAACCAUUACCUAUUUGCUUUUAAAAUAUCGAUAGCAAAAGUACUUGGUAUUUAAAAAAAACAUUAAGUAUGUACGAGUAUUUACUCGAAUCCCUUUAAUUCUAACUAGGUCAGAACUCUAACGACGGUGUUUUUUUUAUUAUGUAAUUUUGUAAAUUAUUUUUAUAAUGGCAUUAUUAUUACUGUUGAUAAGCUAAUAGGUAUCGACGAUAUGAAAGACGACGGCAGAAUUGAUUGCGAGCACGAACAAAUCUAAAAAAUAAUAUCUGUAUUUUUUAUUGACUUAUAUGGGCACAUGCGAUAUUUCCGUCAGUUCUUAAUUGGUUUUGGUCUCUAGGGGUUGCAAUCCCGCAGUAUUAUCUUUCCGGCUGGAAAUUUGUGGUAAAUUUACAAUUACGUAAAGGGACAACCCUCUACAAUUUUCGCACGAGAUUUAACCGGGUGUUCGAUUUUUUGAAUGAACAUUUACAGUUUUUUUAGCUGUUAUACUAUUAAAAUUAUUUUUUACUAUUUUAUAAUUUUUGAUUUCCAAAAAAUAUAUUAUAGUUUUUAAAUUAUUCUUAUAGUAAUAAAUAAUCAUAAAAAUCAUAUAAGAAGACGAAUACGUAUAAUUUUUUCUGGGCUCUGGUAGGAAGUGGAUUAAAAAUAUAUUUAUAUCUGAAAAUAAAAAAAACUCCAUAUUGCGAAUUAUUUAUAUUGAACCAAACUAAAUAUAUAUAAUUCUUGGUAUUUCAAAAAUCAAACUGAUAAACAUUAUAUACAUUAAAAACUUUGUUAAUUCACUAAGAAUCGACAGAAAUCAGCACAUCAAUAACAUAUUACUUUUAUUAGUUAUUAUCUCGCGGCUUCGCCUUGUCCUAAGUUAGGAUAUAAUCUACCUGUGUAUCAAAUUUAAAUUCGUUCAGUAGUUUUUGCGUAAAAGAGUAACAAACAUCCGGCCAUCCAUCCAUUGUUAUAAACUUUUGCAUUUAUAAUAUUAAUAGGAUAUAUAUUAUGUGUUUAUACAUUUAAAGUACUUUUGCUAUUAAAUUGUUCAAAAAUUUUUCAUGUGGGAUUUAUUGCACAAAUGCGGAAUUUUCAGAGGUCUAUUGAGACGCAGGAAAUCGCUGGAAUGUGGUGGAAAUCGUCAGAAUGUUACCACAUUCCAAAGAUUUCCACGAUGCACGAUUGCAGGAUGCAGAAUUACAAACCCUAUUUUGUUCCUAUACAAGUAAUAUCAAAAUUGAAGUGGAACGAAAUUACAUGUUUGUUACUUAUACAUUUUGUGAUACAAUUUAGGGGCGACUUUUGACUAUUCAAAUAUUUUUUAAUAAUCUUUUUAAAAUAUAAGAUCAUUAUGUACUUUGUAGUCAUAUUUAGAUACAUAAUGGAGCUAUAUGGUCAAAUUUUUCACCAAAGAAAUAUAGGUCUAAAAACGACAAAAAAUUGUGAACCUCUUGUACUACGCGUGCAGCUGUUAGCAUGUCAGGCUCAUAAUAUGUUUGUUGUUAUUGAAUUUUUGUUUCACGACAUGUAUAUAGAGUAGGUUCUUAGUUUUACGUAGCUAUCAACUUUGAUUUUAUCCUGAUUAUAAGUCUACUCCAUUACUCUUAAACUACACAAGAUAUGAUACAAUAUAAACAUUUUACAGCUAUUAAAGUUUACGACUAAUUUAGUUCAAAUUGUUUUGAUGAUUCUAUAAUAUUACUAGUUUGCUCGCAGCUCUAUCUAUUGACCAGGAUAAAAAAUAGCCUGGCUUCAAGCCAUUUUACAUUUAUAAGUAAGAAUUAUUAUUUGAAAUGUUUGAUGAUAAUUUUUUUUAUAUUUCCUGGAAAGCGAGUUAUAUAAGACAAUAAAUAUUGUGAAUACCAAUGAUAAAUAAUUUGAACGCUUAUCUUUUUACAAUUUAAAAAAAAUAACGUCAGAGUUAUUAUCACGGAACAAUUGACUGAAAUUAAUUAUGGAAUUUUGCGUGAAAUAAAUAAGUAGGUAGGUACUUAAUUAUAGGCCACGCGGGCAAAUAUAAGAACAUAUGUUUAAUUUCGUUGACAAAAGAUUAAAAAUAUAACAUUGUACAAAUGGUUUGUUGCAGCUGUAUAGUAGUCUAUACCUAUAAAAACAAAUUUGAUUAAGCUACAUAAAACAUUAUAAGGCAAUACAAUAAACAUUAAAAGAUACGUAGUUCAUUGUAAUAUUUUACAUUAUUAUUUUAUCAUUUGAUGAACAUAAUGUAUUGUGUAAGUAUUAUCUAAGAUUAAAUAUGUAAUAGUGUAUUAUAUUGAAAUCAUGAAACAUUUAAUUAUCUAUAAUUAUUAUUAAAUAUAAUUUUAGAUUACUACAGAUUUUAAGAUAUUGAGGUACAUUUGUUUAAUUUAUAUUAAUAACGUAAUAUUGAGUUUCUAAACAGGAACAAGUAAUAGGCUCUCUAAUUGCAUGGUUUUAAAGAUCUGGUAAUAUCAUUAAUCAAUCAAUCAAAGAAUAUUUAACCUAAUAUUUACUUGUAGAGAUCUGCAAUUAAUAAACUUGCACAGUUACAUAAAAAACUAUAUUAAUCAUAAAAUUUUUAUAAUGCGCAUUGAUCCUUCGGACUAUACAUUUUUUAUAUAAUUUUGAUGAUUUUUACAAACACAGUAGAAACGUCCUUAGAACUUGUGAAGAUUUUACUUUUCAACCCUGUAUCCGUACAACUGUCGCCUAAAUGUGACUUAUAAAUUUAAUUUAAAUAUAAUAGAAAUGUAUUUGUAGGUAUCUUUUAAAUACAUAAAUCUUUUCACUAUUGUGCUACCUUACAGAUAGGUACCACAGAACAAAAACAUUCUCGUAUGCGACAUCUACUGUUUUUUUUUUCUGUACUGAAAUUUAAUACAGUGGAUAAAAAAUGUUUUAAAUGUACCUACAAAAUGAGAUUUGAACCUGUACCUAAAAAAUACAGUGGGCUUCAAAUUAUAGGCGUGUAUAUGCAAAAUGAUUUUCGAUGUAAACAUUAUUACAGUUUCAAUAAAAAUUAUACAUUCUAAUUAUGUAACAAUGGAACUACUUACAAAUUUGCUUUAAAUUGACCCAACGCAAAAAAAGGUUUUUAAUUUUUCUUUCCUAAAUAGUUUUGCUUGUACGCCCCCUAUGGAUUGAAGCUAAACAUAGUGGUAUGAUAAAAAGCUGAUAAUUAUAUUUUCAAGACCGUAUCACAUUGUGAGAUUAACUACAUUUUACCACCUAUUAACACAACAACAAUUAACAUCAAAUAUCUAUUUCCAUGAGCUAUUUUGAAUAAGGGUACUUCAUUGAUCUAUAUAUUUGUAUUGAUUUGUGUAUGUUAUUUAUAUAACACUAUUGUUUUUAUUAUCGCAAAGUUGCAACUUAAUCAAAUUUAAAAUGAUUUAUAAGCAUUUUUGUUGCAACAUAAAGUUAUGAGUAUGAUAAAUGUAAAUUUUAUUUUUUGCCAUUUUAAAAUAAUACUUACAAUUAGUUAAGUACUUAUGUUCUUUUAUUAAUAAUUUAUUAGCAAUAAGUUAUUAUUUUAUUAUUGCAUUCAAAUAUAUACCUAAUAUUAUUAUGUGUAAUGUGAUUGUGAUUGUUGUAUCAGUAAUGUGCCCGUAGGAAGGGCAUAAUUUUAUAUUAAUAAUACACGCUAAAAUAUGUAUUAUUAAUUAUUAUAAAUGCUUUUACCUAUAAUAAUUAUGACUUGUAAAUUCUAAAUCAGUUAAGACUUAAAACUUUCUUUUAACGUAAGUAAUUGUAAUUGCAUUUAUAACAUUUUUUUAUUUCUUAUUAUAAAAAUUCAGAAUUACAGAAAACAUGUUGUAUUAACAUUCGGACACCACAUAGGUUUACAUCAAUGUUAGCUACAUUGAUACUAUUCAACUUAUCUUAACAUCAUGCACGAAGUAUUUUUGUUUUAAGAAUACUAUUCUAUUUUAUUUAAAAAAAUAUAUUUUCAUAAAUCAUACUAUUUUUUUAAGUACUUAUUAGGUACAUAUAAUUAUUAUUUUUACCUUGUAUUUCUCUUGUAUGUAAAUUUUACAUUCCAUAGGAGUUUAGGUAAAAUUAAUUACUGUAAACUUUAAUAUUAUAAUACCUACAUUUGAUUAGUAGUAAAUGUUAAACUUGAUGAAAGACUGGGUUUGUAUUUUUAAAUUAUACUAUAAACAAUCUAUUAUACUUAAUAAAUUCGUCACAAAUUGUUAAUCCGAAAGAUAAUUAUUAUAUUAGAAUUGAUUAAA